CCAAACACCGAAAAAUUGGAAUAUAUUUAAUUGUUGCACUCUUUAUUGCGUCUUUGGCGAUAUCGUUUGUUACAACCUAUCUUAACCAAGCGUACGGAAUGGUUCGCAUAAUGUAUUCGUUUUUGGAGAAUCCAAGUAGUUCAUUAGAGUUUAGUCAUUACUACCGGCCGUUUUACCAUCGAGGUACGCCUUUCUACGCCGGAUUGCUUGCUGGCAUCGUGGUGGAGGAACUGAAAAAACGAAAAAUCAAAUUUUCAUUGUCUGUCGUCUAUGCUGGGACUUUAGUAGUCUGCAUCGUUUGUAUUUGGGUUCAGCUGUACGGAUCCGUGUUCUACGAAACAUACAGACCUUACAACGCAUUAGAACAGUCGUUGUACGCUGCUUUUAGCCACUGCACUUGGGCUUUCAUAUUGUUUUGGAUAACGGUAUGCCAUUUCACCUCCGGUUAUGGUCCGAUAGAAAAACUACUCAAUAACAGAUUAACGGUGCCGCUGGGUAGACUAUCAUAUACAGUUUAUCUUGUCAAUAUCAUCGUCAUAAUAAUGAUAGAAAGUAAACAAAGAAAUGCAGUGACUCCCUCAUCAGAUAUGUUGAUGGAUGGAUGGAUUGUUGGAUCGUUGAGAACAUAUUUCAUUGGCGCKUUGCUGUAUUUAAUUAUCGAUGCACCGUUUGGUCUGUUGAUCAAACAAUUAUUGUUUAGAAAAGCACGUGGACACAACGAUCGCGUCGGAACUACGACAACGCCAAAUGAGAUGAACGCCAAUUGCGCAGAAACAGAACAAAAAAAUACGUCAAUUCUUUAAACACGUUAUGCGUACUUCUAGGUAACUCUAUUUGUUUUCAUAUCAUUCGGAAGUCUAUUUUUAACGCCAUAGCAUUGUAUUAUUGAAGUAUUUUGAUUAUUUUAUUAGAGAUGUGACAUUUACUCAUAAAAUAAUAAAUUGUUCACGACUUCACGUACAGUUACCACUAAAUAUUACUUAAAAUGUAUAUAUAAGAUUUUGUAAAUUUGUAAAUAUUUUUAUAUGACAUUUGUUUUUUAUACGAUAUUAUGUUCAAUUUCUUAUAUCUUCCAACAUUUUUAAUACACAUCACUAAAAUUGUUCAUCGGAAACCCUUAGUUGAAACAUUUUUAAACUGUGUAAGUACGGUAGGUGCCUAUACUAGGUAUUACGUAUUAUGUUAUUAAUGUUAUUAUACUAAAAAUAUACAAUUUAAAUAU